AUGGGUGGAUUAGAAAGGAUUGCACCGCGUUUUACGUGUGAGAGAAGCAAAGAAUGGGAAGAAGCUGAGCGUAGAAUUCAGGCUGCAAAAAAUCCGGUUGAAAAUGGGCCACCUGUAGAUCACCGAUCUCUUUAUGAAAAAUUGCAAGCAAAUAAGAUUAUAAAAGAAGAAGAAUAUCAAGAAUCAUGGAAAUUAUCGAAUUUGAUUCGUACAUUAAAUGAUGAAGAAAUAGACUUUUUAGAUAAAUUAAGGAAAGAAAAAAUAAAAGUUGAGGAAGAAACAAAGAAAUCUGUUGAAGAAGGAUUAAAAGUUUUUAAACGGGCAAGAGAACAGCUUGAUCAUUCUAUGCAGCAAUCUAUACAUUUGACACGAGAUUUGCCUCCUAUUUCGAAGCCUGUAGAGUCUACUGAAAGACCUGUGAAGAAAACAAAAGAGUCAAUGUUAAAAGGUGUUAUUCUUAAGAAAAAUAAAGAUACACGUUCAGAAGGAAGGUCUUCUAAACCUAAAAAUUUGGAUUUUAAGGAAAAUGAAGAUAAUAAACAUAUAGAUGUUGCUAGAGGAAGUGCUUCUCUCAUUGAAAAGAAUAUAGUUGUUUCUGAGACUUCUGUACUUUCUACAUCAUCACCACCAUCUUUUUCUGAACUAUCUACUAAUAAUUCUGAUCAAAAACUUAUCGCUUAUACAAGUGACAGUGAUGAAAAGGCGGGAUAA